CUUUAAGGAGGAAUAUAAAGUGAAAUGUCAAUUAAUUAAAGCUAACUAUAACAACAAUAAUAAUUGACUACAACGAAAUGUCGGGGAAAAUUUAAUAAAAUUUGAUUUUUUUGAAUGAAAAGUAAUAUAAUAAAUGAAAUAUGGAAGGUCCAACAACCUCUCUAACUACAAGAGAGGCUCUUCAUAUUUUAUAUAGAGAAAUUGAAUCGCUUCUCAUACAGUUUAAACAGUCUCAGAAAAAAAGGAAUCCAAGAUCAUGGAUAAGCGAUAGUAUACAUCAUUCAAGUCAUCAUACAACCAUCAAUUGGAUUUCUGUUUGUUUCUUGAUUUGGUGUUCAUUAAGUCUCGUAUUGGCAUAUUUCAUAGGAGAUUAUUCAAAAAUUUAUCUUAUUCAAGCUGCAGUAAUACUCCUUUUUACGUCUUUAAGUGUUUCCUUAGAAUUAUACGACAAUCAUUUAAGACACAAUGAAAUUCCAAGAAGAGUAGAAAAUAUCUUAAAAAUAAUCAAAAAAGAGGCUGAAAUUGUAAAAUGGCAACAAGAAAAUUAUCCUUCAUUAUUUAUGCCAACUUCUCCAUGUAUAACUAUGCAAUGGACUUUCAGAGAUGGGGAGUUAGUUAAUUUACCAUAUUCCUUAUUGGUGAAAGAUGAUAUCAUUUUAGUGAGACCUGGCCAAAUAAGUCCUGGCUACUGUGAAAGUCUAGAAAAACACACUGACCAACCUUUGUUACAUGCUAAAGAAGUAUAUGCGCCCCAAGGAAAAGAUCGUAACUUAAUUUCGUCUCCAAUAAUCCGUAAACCUCUCAAAAGUGCAAAAUAUAAACUACUAGAAACACCUUAUUUGAGUAACUUGAAAAUUAUGUUAGAACAAGCCCUUGAUAGACCUAGUACUCAACUCACACGACAACAACAUAUUUUACUUGUUGAAAUGGUACAACGAAUAAUAUUGCCUAUUGCUAUUGUUGUUUUUUAUGCUUUAUCUGCUUUGAAGUAUCUUCAUUUGAAGUUUGACAAUGAUGUAGCUUUAUUCUUACUAUACCCAACAAAUGGAAUUCUUCCCUUACUGCCAAUAAUUUUUCCUAUAGUCUGGAAUAUAGCCAAUUAUAUUGGUCUUGCUAGGUUACAAUCUAUUUUUUUCGCAAGUAAAAUGGUACAAGGACAGGAAAGCUUCAGUUUAGAGGAAGAAGCUGAUCAAACAAUCGUUGAACAUAUAAGAUUUAGAUACAAGUGGAUGUCUAUUAUUAAACAUUUUUUUUCUAUAUUGAGAGGAGAUCCUGAAAUAAUGGCCAGAUCUGCUAAUAUUCUUCAUGUUUUAGGAUCAGUAUCAGCAUUAGGGUGUGUAGAUAAAAAGGGGGUUUUAUCUUCUCCAAAUCCCACAGCUGAAAAAGUUUUCUUUUUGCAUAACAUGGACAAAACAUCUUCUUCCUCUAGCUUAAAUAUCGAAGAUAUUGACUCUGAUAGCAUUGAUGGUAAUCCUGCUAAAAACUUUAGUGGCAAAGUCGAAGUCCUUGACCUGACGCAUGAUCAUCACGAUCCUGUUAAACUUCAAUUUGACGAUCCCAAAUGGAAUUUAUAUAUGUCUACCUUGAAACCUCUCGGAUUGGCUAUUCUUCUCAACACAUGCCACCCAGAUACUGAGAAACAAUACUCGAACUUCUGCUCUCAUAUUACGUGUGAGGCUCAGAUAAACGAAAAUUUGGUUCCUGUUUCAAACAGACGGUGCCUAUGUGAAUUGGCUAAAAUUAUAGGUUUUGUGGAUGAAGCAAGAAAAAUAUUCAAUAUGGAACAGAAGUUAUGCACAUUCAGGCAUCUUCAACCCGAAACUGUUAGACGAGAUAAUAAGUACGCUAGAUCACUGCAGAUGUCAAAUUCUAAACUGAAGGUCCCUUUUCCACACUUGUUCGCCGUAGUUGUUCGAGAGAUAAGCACAAAUGCAAUGCAACUUUUAUCCGAAGGAACAGCCGACAUCUUGCUUGAUUCCUGCGUAGACUAUUGGGAUGGUAAAGAGUUGUGCUCUCUGACUGCCAUUGAUCGGAAAAGAAUCCAAGAUUUUUAUCAGCGGACAAGUCUUACAUCUUAUUGCACAGCUUUCGCUUAUAGGCCCUUAGACAGGGCUCCAGCACCUAAUUUGGCAUCUGCUUAUCUUGAACUACCAAGCGAUUCAAAGCAUCUCUUCUUAGGUCAGAGAAGCCCUUCUCCGACUCAAAAUAAUGGAUUUGCAGAUAUAGGGGCACCCCUCUCCCUUUUUUACUCAGCAGAGUCCCUGAUUUACGGUUGUGAAUACGAGGCAGAAGAAGUGGAUGCCAAUGGUUGUUUUCAGAUGCAGUGCAAUCAGAUUUUCAUAGGCAUGGUGAGCAUGCAGUACCAGGUACUUACAGACAUGGUUCAUCUGAUCGAACAGUUGGAAAGAGCCUGUAUCAGGUUUGUGCAUUUCAGCAAGGAGAACGAAUUGAGAUCAAGAGUAUUCAGCGAGAAGAUGGGUUUGGAAAGCGGGUGGAAUUGCCAUAUAUCAUUAUUGAGCGAGAGGACCAGGGGGGAUAAUGCUAAAAGUAACAGCAUGGUAAAUGUCCCAAUAACACGUGACGAAACUUCUUCUGCAGUACCAUCAGGUGAAAAAUCUUCCAUAAUACAUCCAAGCAACUUUGAAAAUUCGAAGGCUAUAAGUUUCUCGGCACCUUCUGCGAUCAAUAUCGAUCAAAUUGCGAGGUUAGAACGUGAAGAAAAUGUCAGACGUUGCAGUAAUCAGAACUCGAUGGAAGACAGCAAAAAUACCCAAGAUUCUUCGGCGCUGUUUGGUAGUAUAAAUACAUCACACGAUUGGCAGUCGAUGAGCUGUUUGACGGAUAGUACGGAUCAUACUGCACCGGUUAACUUCGAUAUGAGUAAUAGGGCUAAAUUGCCAAGAGGUAUAGACAAGAUAAGACCUCAUAUAGAAUUAAUAGACAAUGUGCCUCUGUUGGUAUCUUUGUUUACUGAUUGUACCCCAUCGGCCACUAGAGAAAUGUUGCAUAUUAUGCAGGAUUAUGGAGAGAUUGUAUGCAUCAUGGGAUCGGUAUCUAAUUGUGAUAAUACUGGAAUAUUCAUGCAAGCUGAUGCAAAUGUUGCAGUAGAACCAAUUUAUCCUCAGGUAUGCCAAAAACGUUUGGUAAGUAUUCCUUACGAAGGUGUUUCCCCUAUGGAUCUAGCCAGGCAUCUCAACAGUUUGCCCUGUUCUCUAUGCAUAAAAAGAGAGGAUCCGAUAAACUUAUACCAUCUGAUUAUGGAGUCGAGGCAUUUUGUUACAUCCAUAUGGAAUGCAGUUCAAUUUUGGGUUUGCUGUUGUGCUACAGUAACCGGCAUACAAAUUGCCUGCAGUAUUGCUUUAAUACCAUCACCAUUUACGACUGGUCAAGUACUUUGGUUGAGUUCCAUAGUGAUACCCAUUCUUAGUGCCUCACUGAUAGCCUUACCGGUAGAUGCGGAAGUAAUGAAGAGGCCACUGGGUAAAAACGAUUUAGCCUUUAACUGGAAUAUAAUGUGUUUCAUAAUGUGGUGUUAUGGGCUCAAGUUUAUACCUACAAUUCUUACGGUAUUGACAUCCUUUUGGGUUAUAUUGACUAAUCACUGUUAUAGUUUUUGUAAAAUGCAAAACUGUACUUGCUUUUUAUAUCAUACACCUAUCGUUGGGGGUGAUGGUAAUGAGAGUAUAGGUUGGGCAGAUAAGGAUUGGACCCUAAACUCUGCUAGGUUGUUAAUGCUGUUGCUUGUUGUUACUCAUUUUGUUGCAAUAUCUAUUGGUUUUGUCCAUCGAGGUCACUUAAUUACACAAAAAAGGCCAUUUUGCAAUAGAUUUUGGAUUGUGUCUGCAAUUAUUUUUGUUGCUCUUCAGAGUGUAUACACAAUUGUCUCUUACCAUAUUCAUUCAAAUGAUGAAGUUGAAUUUGAGUUACCUGUUUGGUUAUGGGUCUUUGGUUUUCUUUCGCCUUUUUUUGUCAUAAUAAUCAAUGAAACUGUCAAGAAUCAAGAGAUUGGGGUCAAUACUAGAUUUCAAAGAAGAGCACGGUUGGAUUUUGGAACGAAAUUAGGAAUGAAUUCACCAUUUUGAGUUUGAACCAAAGUAAGAUAAUUUUCUUUCUUUCUCUUCUUUCAGAAUGACAAAAUACAUACAUAUGUAUUUUUUUUAAUAAUACAAAUUGCUGUUUAUCAAAAAGCAUGUCUAUUCUGAUAAGAAAGUAACUAAAGCUCCACCAAAAUCUGUAUUCAAAAUUCAAACAACAAAGUAUUGUGGAAUAAUUUUUAUUCGCAAUUUUGAUUGACAAUUUGACUUAUUUGAUUUUAAUUAUUAGCAGUAGUAAUUAAUAUUGUGAUAGUCUUGCUAUUGAAGACAAUUGACUUGUACACAGGUAUAAUUUGUGUUCAUCUAUCUGAGAUUUGAGCUCUAUUGAGAAUGAAUGUAUUUAUUUGUGUCAUGUGUAUAUAAUAUUGGAAUGUUCUAUUUAUUGUACUUCCUUUACACUAAUUAUUUAAUUUUAAUUGAAUGAAAAAAGUUAUGAAAUUCUAUUGUUAAUUUAUAUUCAAUAUAUUUUUAUAAGCA